AUGCUUGGAUCCUUCCAAGCCUGGCAUGCAGAGAUUCUGGCCUGGGAGCCGGCGAUCAUGGUACCCGGCCGGCCGGCCGGAGUUUGGUGUCACGACUCGUGGUUUGUUGCCUAUCACCGGGAGUUGGCUGAUGCCCUUCUGCCACUGGACACAUCCUUGGACGAUGUGAAUGGAUGCUGGUGGGAUUCGUCCUUCUACGUCCAAUACGUGUCUCAGCUCCACUUGCAAGGCCAUAUCCUCCUGUCAGACAAGCUGGUUGUUCGGGGUCUGUUCGAGGGCACAUACCCACGACAUGGUUGUCACGGUUAUGGACCGAGAAUGUGGGAGGUGGUCAAAAGCCGCCACAAGGAUUUGGAGCCAGCGUUAGACUGCCUCGUGAACAGUUUCGCGCGGGUUGGCUCAUGGUAUCGGGAAUGGGGCGUGGCUCGCAAGCGCCAGGGGAGAGGCUACGAUCUUCAAACGGACUCAGCAAACCGGUUUCAGUUAGUCACCUGUGGAGCCCUUCGGACCGAGGAGGACUUGGCAGCUGCGCUGGCCUUGUCCAUGGAGCCCUUGCCCAAUCAGGCCAACCAGCAGGUUAGUCCGGCUGAUGCUGCGGUCGCGACCCUGCAGGCGAACACUGUGAAGAACCCAGCUGAGGAGAAGUUUCGGAAGGUGAAACUCGUGAACCCAAAGAUCAGUAAGGCCUUGAGCUGUCCCGGUGCUGAAGAUCUCCUCCUCGCCGCCGGAUUCCUGAAGACCGCAGAGCAUUUGGAGGUCCCUGCAGAGAGGCCGGCGGAGCAGGUGAAGGCCUCCGCCGAGGAGGUCCUCGAGGCCUUGGCCGCGCUCCGCGACUUUCUGCUCUCCGCGGAGUUUCGGGCAGAAGGCGAGGUUCGGUGCGUGGCUGCGCUGGAAGGCGGCUCAGUGGCCUUCGCUGGAAUGGAUAACCUGGUUCACCUUUGGGAUGCAGCCAAUGGAGUGAGAGUGCUGUCGGGGCACCAGCGCAGAGCUGGAGUUGACGGCGUGCUUGCUCUCUGCCGCGGCGACGACUCUGUGGACCUGGUCUCGGCGGGCCGCGAUGGCUCCAUCAUCCUCUGGAGAAACGGAGAAGCCGUGGAAACCCUCAAAGGUCACGGGGAGAACAUCCAGGGCACGAAUGUCCAUGUUGUGUCUGCGCUUGGUCGCACUUCGGACGGCCGUCUGAUAUCAGGUGGCUGGGAUAAGACGGUGCGAGUAUGGAAGAAAGACCAGCUGCCGGCCAUCAUGACCGGCCAUGACAUCGCAAUCAAUGCUGUUGCUGGCCUGGACACUGGAGACGUUGCAAGCGGAAGUGGCGAUCAGACCAUUGGUAUUUGGCGAGAUGGCCGGAAGCUUCGCAGCAUACCGGCGAAACAGGUGGUGCGUGCACUUUGUGCAUGCGGUGGCACGCUGCUGGCUGCCGCUGGAAAUGAUGGUGUCGUGCGCCUCUGGGAUGCAGCAACAGGCCAGGCUGUGGCUGAGCGGCAGGUUGCCGAGUCCUAUGUGCUUUCCUUGUCGCGACGAGAGAGCGGCGAGCUCGCUGCUGGGACCUCCGACGGCCAAGUCUUUAUCCUCGCACACGAAGGCAGAUCCCUGUGCCAGAAGGAGAGCUUCCAAGUUUGUGGCGAGGUCUAUGGCCUCAGCUUCCUGUCCAACGGUGACUUGGCAGUGGCCUGCGGCGACUGCAGUUGCACCAUCUGGACUCGGAGCCCAUCGCGCGCAGCGCCACAGGCGGACAGGGAGGACUUCGGUGCCCGUGCGGCGGCUCUCACUGCAACGCGAGCACCAGCGAUGCCGACGCCAGGCCCGGGUGGCGGCUGCAGUGGUAGUUUUGAUUUCACCUUCCCGGUGGACUUCGGCUCGCAGAAGUUCUCUCUAUCUUGGAAUCGGGGCGAAGAACCGAAAGCCGUUGCAGAGCGAUUCAUCAGGGAGAACCAGUUGGAUCCGCGUCACACAGGCGACGUCGUGGCGUUUGUGAUGCAGGCCAUGCAGCAGGGCGGCCAGAACGGCCCGAGCGCUCCAAAGGACUUCAACUUCCCUGUUGAGGUCGCAGACGGACGCCGCUUGACCAUUUCUUGGAACCGGGGUGAUAAUCCUCAGCAAGUUGCUUUGGACUUCGCAAAGCAGCAUGGCGGCAUCGGUGCUGCAGAACUUCCGGACAUAGCAAAUUUCGUCCAACAAGCGUCUGGACCUGCAACGAGCUUCCAGCAAGCUCCGGCUGCUGCUCCAGCUGUAACGCCAGCGAUGCAGCAGCAGCUUGUGGAUCAGAUAACGUCCAUGGGGUUCACAAAUGCGAUGGCGCGGAGUGCCCUGGAGGCAGCCCACUGGGACAUCGAGUCCGCGAUUUCUCGCCUGCUGGGUUAG